AUGGCAUCGACCUACUCUCUGCCACCGUCGGUGUUCAACCCGCGACGACAUGUCGGCAUCCACGCAGAGCGUGUUUCUGACGUCUCGAGCACGGAGUAUCCUGGCCACUAUCCCGACGAGGACCACAGCUGGGACCUGGAGAAGUUCAGGAAUAAUCUAAAAGUUGAAGUCAAGCGGCUCUCAGAGCGAUCCAUCGAGUUUGACUUGGUCGGAGUGGACGCCUCCAUUGCGAACGCGUUCCGCCGAAUACUCAUUGCGGAGGUCCCCACGAUCGCCAUCGAGCAUGUAUACGUCUGGAACAACACGUCUGUAAUCCACGACGAGAUCCUCGCACAGCGCCUAGGGCUCAUUCCCCUCAAUGUCGACCCCUCCUUCUUCGACUUCCGGACACCCACCGACAUACCGAGCGACCACAACACCGUCGUCUUCCAGUUGAAUGCCGUCUGCGAAUGGGACAAGGACGCGGAGAAGGGGAGCGAAAAUCCCUAUAUCCAUGAUCUGGUGAAAAGCGGGGAUCUUAAAUGGCAGCCGCAGGGCGACCAGGAGGAAAUGGCCCUGGCACAACCGCCUGCACCGACAAAUAAGGAGAUUGUCAUCGCGAAACUGAGGCCGGGCCAGGAGAUCCAAGUCGAGCUGCACGCGGUCAAGGGCGUCGGGAAGGAGCACGCGAAGUGGAGUCCAGUCGCGACUGCAUCCUACCGCUUGCACCCGCUCAUCGUCCUCAACCCCGCCAAGCCCGUACCCCCGCAUCUUGCAACCAAGUUCGCGAACUGUUUCAGUCCAGGUGUUGUGCAAGUGGACAGGAAAGGCAAGAUAACCAUCGACGAAUUCAAUUUGCGGAAAGAGAGUAUGUCUCGGGAAGUGCUCCGACAUCCAGAAUUCGAAGGUUGUGUCGAGCUGAAAAGAAUUAGGGACUGGUUCAUUUUCAGCGUCGAGUCCGAGGGGCCAUACGCGCCCGAGAAGCUGUUCCCUGAAUCUAUCAAGGUCAUGCGCGAGAAGAUUGCGAGCAUUCGCCAGGCGGCCGAGGCGCUACUCGUAGACUCAGGCGGCGCGUUAGAACCAGGGAUUGUGGGACCCGACGGGGAUGUACAGAUGGGUGGGACAUGA